AGUAAAUUGGCUUAUUGCUAGCCUUUUCGGAAAAAGGGAUAUAUAUAUUAAAAAACACGAUAUUAAUUUUUGCGUAAUUUAUGGUUUUAUGAUAACGAUUCCAUAAUCCAACGAUUAGAUUUGCAAUCCAGUGAGAAAUAUAGCCGAUUGCCAUGCUUUUCGCUCUUCUCGUUGUGGGCGUGGCCUUGGCCUUGGCCUACAAUUUUUAUUACAACACGUACACCUAUUGGUCCCGAAAGGGGGUACCCAAUGAGGCUCCACUUCCCUUGAUUGGCAACAUGAAAGGCCUGGCCAAAAAGUACCACUUCAGGGACAUCAACCAAAGAAUCUACGACAAGUUCAAGGGCAAGUCCCCCAUAGCAGGAUUUUUUAUGUUCUUCAAGCCGACUGCCAUGAUCCUGGACUUGGAUCUCAUCAAGCAAGUUUUGAUCAAGGAUUUCCAUCACUUUCAAGACCGCGGGAUAUUCAAUAAUCCCCGGGAUGACCCGUUGACAGGUCACCUCUUGACUCUGGAGGGGGAGGAAUGGAAGUCGAUGAGGCAAAAACUGACACCAGUCUUCAGUUCUGGAAAAAUAAAGCAGAUGUCCGAGGUGGUAGUGGAGGUGGGUCAUCGCCUUGUGGAAACCAUGGACAGGGAGGUGACCCAUGCUGCCGUGGAGGACGGUGACGUUGAGAUCAAGGACAUAUGUGCUCGGUUCACCACCGAUGUGAUUGGCACCUGUGCCUUCGGUCUGGAGUGCUGCAGCCUCAAGGACCCCCACUCCGAGUUCAGGGACAAAGGACGCAUGAUCUUUGAAACGCCUCGCCACUCGAUGCUGGUGCAAUUCUUCAUAUUUACGAAUGCCAAGUUGGCCAGGAAAUUGCGGAUGAAAGCGAUACCCGAUGAGCUGACGGAGUUCUUUCUCUCGGCCGUGAAAAGUACUGUGGAAUAUCGUCUUAAGAAUAACAUAAGGAGGAACGACUUCAUGGAUCAGUUGAUUCAACUUCGUGCCGAGGAUCAGGAGGCUGCCAAAAAGGGCCAGGGAAUCGAUUUGUCCCACGGUUUGACCCUCGAGCAAAUGGCUGCCCAGGCCUUCGUGUUCUUUAUAGCCGGAUUCGAGACCUCUUCGAGCACCAUGGCCUUCUGUUUAUACGAAUUGGCCCUGCAGCCAGAAAUUCAGGAUCGCGUAAGGGAGGAGAUCCAAAGUGUGCUUAAUGGUGGCGAGAUCACCUACGAUGCCCUGUCCCAAAUGACCUACUUGGAACAAGUUAUCUCUGAAACUCUACGGAAACAUCCUAUUCUUCCCCAUCUAUUGCGUGACACAAAUCUGGAGUACAAAGUACCUAACACUGACGUUGUUAUCGAAAAUGGUACUACUGUUCUGAUUCCUGUCCACAAUAUCCAUCAUGAUCCAGAGCUAUAUCCGAAUCCGGAAUUGUUCGAUCCCAGUCGUUUCGAUCCUGAAGUGGUUAAGGACCGCCAUCCGUUUUCGUACUUACCAUUUGGGGAUGGGCCCAGGAAUUGCAUUGGCUUGCGAUUUGGAAAAAUGCAGGCCAAGAUCGGUUUAGUCUCCCUACUGCAACGUUUUAAGUUUGGAGUUUCCAAGAAGACCGAAGUACCCUUAAUCCUGGAUACCCGCACUCCGACUUUGUCUACAAAGAAUGGCAUUCAUUUAAAAGUGGAGCGGAUUUACUGCGAGAACAUGCUGGUGUUCUUGUUUCUGGUGUUUGCCGCCGGAUUUCUGGCUUACCUCAAGCUCCGAUGGCACUAUUCCUACUGGUUCAGAAGGGGCGUGGCUGGCGAAAAACCAGAGUACUUCCUUGGAAACAUGAAAGGCUUUGGAAAGAAUCUACACUGGACGGAUAUUAAUCUCAGGAUCUACAAAAAAUUCCAAAACACGGAACGCUAUUGCGGAUUUUUUACCUUCGUAACCAAGGCGCUUUUUGUAAUGGAUCUGGAGCUAAUAAGGAGGAUAAUGGUCAGUGAUUUUGGGAGCUUUGCGGAUCGCGGGCUUUUCCACAACGUUCGAGAUGAUCCCUUAACUGGAAACCUGCUUUUCCUAGACGGACCCGAGUGGCGGUGGCUGCGACAGAAUCUUACACAGGUUUUCACGUCCGGGAAACUUAGAUAUAUGUUCUCCAACAUGCUGAAGGUAGGCGAGGAGUUGGCUGAGUCCUGUCAGAAGCAAGAAGGGGAAAUUGAGGCCAAGGACCUGUGUGCUCGUUACACUACGGAUGUGAUUGGAAGCUGUGCCUUUGGCCUGGAGUGCAAUAGUCUCAGGGAUCCGGAGUCCAAGUUCCGACAAAUGGGCAGAUCGGUAACUACAAACCCACUCCACUCCACUAUGGUUCAGGCUUUCAUGUUUGGCCAACCGAACCUGGCCAGGAAAUGCAGACUGCGCCUGUUUCGACCCGAGGUAAGUGAGUUCUUCCUGGACACUGUCCGCCAAACUAUGGACUACAGACGGAGGGAGAACAUUAAGCGGAACGAUCUCAUCCAACUGCUCAUGGAGCUGGGCGAGGGAGAAGGUGGCGAUGGCAAAAAGGAGGAGGCCCUGUCCUUUGAGCAAAUCGCAGCCCAGGCGAUGGUUUUCUUCCUAGCCGGUUUUGACACCUCUUCCACCACCAUGUCCUUCUGCCUGUACGAACUGGCUCUGAAUCCUGAAAUCCAACAAAAGCUGCGCCAGGAGAUUGUGGAAGUCUUUGAGCGCUACGACCAAAGGCUCACCUACGAGUCCUUUAAGGAUAUGCCUUAUCUGGACAAAGUGAUCUCUGAAACAUUGAGAAAGUACCCCAUACUUUCCCAUCUCCUACGACGCUCCACUAGGGACUACGCAGUGCCCGAUAGUGAUCUAGUCUUAGAGUCUGAAACCAAGAUAAUAAUCCCCGUACACAGUAUUCACCACGAUCCAAAGAUAUAUACGCAACCGGAAGUGUUUGAUCCCAGUCGCUUUGAUCCGGAGGAGGUCAGGAAGAGACAUCCUUUUUCAUACUUACCCUUUGGAGAGGGACCCCGGAAUUGCAUUGGCGAGCGUUUUGGAAAAAUGCAGGUGAAGGUGGGAAUAGCUUACCUGCUCCGGGACUUCAAGUUCGACCGAUCGGAUAAAACUCAAGUUCCUUUAAAGUUCUCGAACCGUACUUUCCUGAUUACGACUCAGCAGGGAAUUCAUCUGCAAAUGAAGAGACUAUAAACUAAGACUAUGUAAAAACUACUAUUAGUAGAAAAUAUAUAAUAUAUUCGUGCAUUUCAAAA